UCUAGCUGCCACACGUUCACUAGUAUGCAUAUAGUAAAACAAAUGAUCUCCUUUUUGAGACAGUAUAUGUCACAAAAAAGUGAUGAAAUCAUGAUCAAGAUGCAAAUACACAAUAAUACAAAUACCUGGUUUGCAUCUUGCACUGUUUGAUUGGUCAUAGUCUGUAACUGGAGGGAGAAGGUUACACUUUCUAUCUCAAAUCCCUGGAGUCUGUGGAUGGUGCUGGGUAAUCCCGUUAGCCCCAGGCAGCCACUGUGGAAAUCCCAGCAGACCUGUGCUGGCUGUGCCGCCGCACUCUGGAUCUCUACGCCACCGGCAUGCAGAACCACCUGUAGACACUCAGGAUGUUUAACUGGGUGGUGAAAGUGGUCCCCCAACUCCCUGAAGCUCCCGGGACAGAUGACGCUGCUAAGACCCCUGCUGCCUCAUCCACAGGGAAGCGUCCUCCACAGAAAAACACAGAUGAGAAUUCAGAGGACAGCAGUACCCAGACUGGAGUUUUAGGCUGGCUGUCUAAUGGGUUUGUCAGCACCCUGCCUCAACCCUCCGGCUCCCCUCGACCCGGCAGGGCCAAUUCUGAAGCCAGGUCAGGAGAGGAUGGAGAGAGGUCUGGAGUGAUCAGCUGGGUUGCUCAGGGUCUGGCUCAGGUGUUGCCUCAGCCAGAUGAGAAGUACAAAGAGGCUCCUGACAACGAGGAACACACUGAGAUCUAUGAUGUAGAAACACUGCCAGAUUUUGAUCCUCUCCCCCACAUCCCGGUGGUGGAGAUGGUGUCAGAGGACGAGGAGGAGGAAGAGCCUCGCCAAUUCCCUAACGUGGUGAACUGGAUAAAGCAGAUGGUCCCUCAGGCAAUGAUACUGCCCCCUGGUGCCGUAUCCGUGGAACCAUCAGUCAAGUCCUCCCGCACCUCUCUGGACAAAAUUUUGUCUCCACCACCUGAGUCUCUCAGUGGAAUCUCACUGGAUACUGACGGCAAGGCCUCGGCUGUGGUUGGCUGGUUCGUGUCAGGGCUGGGCCUGAAGAUGCCUCAGCCCGCCAUUCCACCCAAAGAGGGUGCAGCUCAAGUUCUACAGAAAGCUUCAUCCAAUCUCAAACCCGACAUGAUACUAGAAGACGUGGACUCGGACAACGAGUGCCAGCAGAAACAGAAAGAUCAGUCCAAAGCUAACCAACAGCAGGAAGCGACGCAGCAGACACAGUCCAACCCAGAGCCAGACCCAGAGCCAGACCCAGAACCAGACCCAGAGCCAGACCCAGAGCCAGAGCCAGAGUCAGAGCCAGAGCCAGACCCAGAGCCAGACCCAGAGCCAGACCCAGAGCCAGAACCAGAGCCAUCAGAUGGUGUGUCAAAAUCUCAAGAAGAUGCUGAGACCCAGACGGGUCGCUGGACGCCGUUCAUUGAAAACAUCAAGAAGGAGGCUGAAGAUGUAGCUUUUGCUAACAUGGAGGAACGUCUGCUACAGGAGCGCACGGAGAUGGCCCGUAUGGCUGAAGAGGUGGCCAGGGAGACAGCUGAGAAGGCCAUCAGACAGAUGACCAGUGAGAGACAGUCCCUCAAUCUCUCACUGGGGAGUCGAGAACUGCUGGAGGAGGGGCCUGAAGCAGAGUUGCCAGCGCCACAAGAAGAGGAGAGCAAAGUGGACCACAGUAAAGUCACAGAACUGGAACAGAACCUUGCUGAGGAGACUGAGGAACCUACCGUUAAGGAACCAGAGCCACAGCGGACCUCGCCCUCUCCACCUCCAAGUCCUGAACCAGUUGAGCCGGAGCCAGAUCCAGAGCCAGAGCCUGAAGCAGAACCAGAGACCAAGACCCAGGAAGCCAACUCAGGAGAUGAGCCUGUAACCCAGCAGCCGCAGACGUCAAAAGAAGACACUAACGCUGACAAAGCUGGUGAAAAAGAGGAAGCUACUGGCGACGAUUGUGGUGAGAGCCUCAGCCUUCGUCCAGCCGUCAAUGUAGAGGAUGUCGACUCAGACCAUGAGAAAAGAGGAGGAGGAGGAGGAGGAGGGGAGGGACAGAGCAAUAUCCCCCAAAUCCUCACCCCUCAGGACCCCAAACUAACAACUCUCACUGUCCCGGUGACCCCUUCUGGAGGUCGUCAAAGUAAAGGAGAUAAAGACAGUGGAAGGAAUCGUAGGACUAUCUGGAAUAAGAUUAGGACCCUUCAUUCUCAAAGUGAAGAUGAUGAUGAGGAAGGAAACCUCCCUGUCAGAGCCUGGCCCAGCCAGUCCAGCCUGCAUAGCUCAGAUGACAUACUUAAAGAACGUCCAGCAUCUUCGGCCAGUCAGACCAGUACAGUGGUCAACGAGCGUCUUCAGGAGCUGGUCAGGAUGUUUAAAGAGAGAACGGAGAAGGCGAAGGAGAAACUCAUUGACCCCGACAGCUCAGAUGAAGACAGCAACAUCCCCUCUCCUCCUCCGGCUCCAGCUCCUCAGCCUGCUCCUGGAGCUCAGCCAGUGGACGGAGGAGAUAAGGAGGCACAAGCAGGUCCAUCAGGAGGAGGAGGAGGAGGGGGAGGAGGAGGAGGAGGAGUGGAGACAGGGGCAGAGGAGGAGCAGUCUAGCCGCAAGGUGAAAACUUCUCGGUGGAUGCAAGCUUGUAUGCACUACCGCUUCCCUGCCAGCAUCGACCCUUUCACCAACUUAAUGUACGUGCUGUGGAUGUUUUUGGUGUCUCUGGCGUGGAACUGGAACGCAUGGUUCAUCCCAGUGCGCUGGGCCUUCCCCUACCAGACUCCAGACAACAUUUACUAUUGGCUUCUGACCGACUACCUGUGUGACCUCAUCUACAUCCUGGACAUCUCCAUCUUCCAGCCGCGCCUGCAGUUUGUUCGUGGAGGGGAUAUAGUGUGUGACAAAAAAGACAUGAGAAAAAAUUAUAUGAAAACCAAUCGCUUCAAAUUUGAUGUAGCCAGCCUUGUUCCCCUUGAGCUCUUCUAUUUUAAAACCGGCAUCAACCCUCUGCUUCGCUUACCCAGGCUGCUGAAGAUCAACUCCUUCUUUGAGUUCAACGAGCGUCUAGAGGCCAUCUUGACCAAAGCCUACAUCUACAGGGUGAUCCGCACCACCACCUAUCUCCUUUACUGUCUCCACUGUAAUGCCUGUCUAUACUACUGGGGCUCUGCCUUCACAGGACUGGGAUCAACCAAGUGGGUGUACAAUGGCGAGGGCAACAGUUACAUUCGCUGUUACUACUUUGCAGUGAAGACCCUGAUCACCAUCGGCGGUCUGCCGGACCCCACCACCCUGUUCGAGAUUGUCUUCCAACUCAUCAACUACUUUGUCGGAGUCUUUGCCUUCUCUAUCAUGAUUGGACAGAUGCGUGAUGUGGUUGGUGCAGCCACAGCAGGCCAGACCUACUACCGCACAUGUAUGGACAACACCAUUAAAUACAUGUCCUCCUAUCGCAUCCCUAAAGACGUGCAGAACCGUGUCAAAACCUGGUACAACUACACCUGGCAAUCACAAGGCAUGCUGGAUGAGCAGGAGCUGCUGACUCAGCUGCCAGAUAAAAUGCGUCUGGACAUCGCCAUAGACGUCAACUACUCCAUUGUCAGCAAAGUCCCUCUUUUUCAGGGUUGUGACAGACAGAUGAUCUUUGACAUGCUGAAAAGCCUACGCUCUGUUGUCUACCUACCUGGGGAUUACGUCUGCAAAAAGGGCGAGGUGGGUCGGGAGAUGUACAUCAUAAAGGCAGGGGAGGUGCAGGUGGUUGGAGGACCGGAUGGGAAGACGGUGUUUGUCACUCUCAGGGCAGGAUCAGUCUUCGGAGAGAUCAGUUUGCUUGCAGUAGGCGGGGGUAACAGGCGCACAGCCAAUGUAAUCGCCCACGGAUUCGCCAAUCUCUUCAUCCUCGACAAGAAAGACCUGAAUGAGAUCCUGGUCCACUACCCCGAGUCCAAGAAACUGCUCCGCAAGAAGGCCAGGAAGAUGCUCACCAAGGGUAAGAAACCAGAGCCCAAAGAAGAGGCUAAGGAUCCCCCUCAGGUAGCAGCCCCUGUUAGGCAGGAAACCCCCAAACUGCUGAGAGCAGCCCUGGAGAUGACAGAGAAAUCCUCUGGACUUAAAGGAGCUCUGGCUAAAGUCAAAGAGAAGACCAGCAAGUCCAGUGUCUCAUUACAGCCUUCCAUCUCCACCUCCCUGCCUCCUCCAUCCCCUACCUCCAGCUCCGGACCUGACAGAGACGUGGACACGCCGUCGCCCGUCUCUACUAGCUCUGCACCGUUUCGCUCCGCCUCUGCAUCACAGUGCCACGGUGACACAGAUGAAAGGCUCGACGUGGACCAAAGAGAGGAGGGUGUCAGCGAGGUUGAAGGGAACGAGGGUGGGAAAAGGAAAGGAAAGAAGUCGUGAUGAUUAUUUACUCAAGAACAAGGGAAGGAGGAGAUCAUAAAGUGAGAAAUGGAUGACAAUCAUAAAGAGGAGAGGGGACAUCGGGAGUGAUCAAAGGGGAAUUACGGGUUCGCUUUAAAGGGCAAGUGUGUAGGAUAUAGGGGGAUCUAUUAGCAGAAAUGGAAUAUAACAUUCAUAACUAGGUUUUCAUUAGUGUAUGAUCACCUGAAACUAAGAAACAUGUUUUCGUUAGCUUAGAAUGAGGGCGUUACAUCUACAUAGG